AAGUAAUGUCUGACAAACUAAGUAUUACUUCUGGACCAGUGUCUUCAGAAACAGAAAACGUACGAUCAGAAGACACUCUAAAAACCUCUAAAGUAAUGUCUGACGAACUGAGUAUCACUUCUGGACCAGUGUCCUCAAGAACAGAAAACGUACGAUCAGAAGACACCCUAAAAACCUCUAAAGUAAUGUCUGACAAACUGAGUAUAACUUCUGGACCAGUGUCCUCAGGAACAGAAAACGUACCAUCAGAAGACACCCUAAAAACCUCAAAAGUAAUGUCUGACGAACUGAGUAUCACUUCUGGACCAGUGUCCUCAAGAACAGAAAAUGUACCAUUAGAAGACACCCUAAAAACAUCUAAAGUAAUGUCUGAUGAAGUGUCAUCAGGAGCAGAAAAAGUAGACACUCUAAAAACCUUCAUAUCAAAAUCUGAACCAAGUACAAAGGAAGUGAAAGGGCAGAGUUCAGGGCCUGCAAAAGCACAUGAAGAGGCAACACCCACCAGCACUGAACCAGUUUCUUCUUCCACAGCUGUUGAAGAGCAAUCUGGCAAAGGCAUAUUCUCACUUUUUGGCACUUCAUCUUCCGGUCAAACUCAGCCUCAGAGUGGACAGUCCAUACUAGGAGGGAUACUCCCUGGGUCAUCAUCCUCUAAAGAAAUACCAGGUACAGGAUUAUUCUCAAUGUUUGGAAGUUCUGCUCCUCAAGCAACCCAAACACCAUCUGCACCUAAAGAGCCACCUGGAAAGGGCUUAUUUUCUAUAUUUGGUGGAUCUGUUGCUCAGCCACAACCUGACCAGCAAGGUUCACCUAUGUCUGGCCCAAAGGAUCUGCCUGUAGGACCAAGACUACCACACAUGCCUACUCCAAGGAUGGCUCCAGGACCUGGACCACCAGGACAUGUUCCAAGAACUACAUCAGGACCUGCACCAAGGGGUCCAACUCCAAGAGGGCCCACUUCCAAAGAACCACUGGGCAAAGGACUAUUUUCUGUGUUCGGUGGGACUUCUCAGCCGACAGCACCAACAGGGGGAACUGCUGCCAAAACACCUGGAUCUGGAUCCUCAAUACUUGGAGGUAUUUUGCCUGGUUCUGGGGUCAAGGAAAACAAUGGCCCUGGUUUAUUUUCCAUGUUUGGUGGAGGUAGUUCUCAAUCCCAAGCACCAACUGAUGCUGCUGCAGCCGAAUCUACCAAUAAGGAAUCAACAGGAAAAGGAUUGUUUUCCAUGUUUGGUGGGCCAAGUCCCAUGGCAAGCUCUGAACCAGAAAGUCUCUUUAAAGUACCUUCUGUGUUCUCAUCAGAUAAAACAAAAUCUACUGGAUUCAGCCUCAUGUCUUUUGUGGAUAAGAAAUCUGAUUCAAAACCUGCAGAUGCAUCCACUGUAAGGGCGGAUUCUCUCACAUUCUCUCACUCUCACAAUAUAACACCCCCACCUUUAACUGAUGCAAUUACAGAUGAAAAUACAUCAGUUGGGGCUAAAGAAGAGGUUCCUGCAGAGAUCACCUUUGAACCUCCUGGCAAGAAGGAUGAGAAACUGAGUGAUGAAAAGAAGGAAGAGUCUACGAAUGAUAUAGGGAGGACUGAUGAAAUGCACUCUGCCAUAAAUGAUGAUGCAAAGUCUGAAAUGGUGACACUAAUAAAAGAGACUGAAGAGGUUGCACCUCUGACAGAGAAACAAACUGAAAAGGAAGAAACUUCAACGGUUGACAAAGUACAUGAGGAACAAACCAUUAAUGAGAAACUUAAUGAGGAGCUGGACAUGAAAAAUGACAAAGAAACUAUAGCCACUAGUUCAGAGAAAACUGAUUAUGUGACACCAAUAAACGAGACGGAAGAGAUUGUACCUCUGGCCGAGGAGCAGUCUAAAAAUGAAGAAAUUUCUGUGGUUGACAAAAUAUAUGAGGAACAAACCAAUAAUGAGCAACUUAAAAAUGAGGAAGUGGAUGUGGAAAAUGACAAAGAAACUGUAGCCACUGGUCCAGAUUCUGACAAAGGUUUAAACCAACAUGUGCUUGAAAAAUCAUCAGAGCAAGAGAGAGUUUUAGAGCCUUUUGAGCUUGAGAAACCAUCAGAGGUCUCGUUAGAAUCUGAGAAAACUGUAGAGCCUGAAAAAUCAUCUGAAUCACAAGACCCAGUGCAGAAAAACCUGGAAUCAGAAGAAUGUGUGGAACUGGAAAACUCUCAGGAAACUAACAAACCUCAGGAUUCUGAGAAACCCUCAGAAAAUGAGAAAGCUCUCACUGAAGGAACAGGGAAAGUUGAUGAUGUACAAAUAGCAGACAAAAUUUCAGUUGAAUCUGAAAAAGACAUUGUAUUGACAAUUUCUGACAGCCAGCAAGCAGACCUUAAGGAAAAACCAGAUGAAAUCACAAAGUCACAAGAAUGUGACAAAACAUUAAUAGUGGCAACUACGCAACCAUCUUUAGAUCCUCAGUUGAUUUCUUCUGUUCAGCAGCAUCAACAGCCCAAACGAGACACUGUUGUACCUCAGCCAGGAAAAGUGGGUUUUCCUGCUCAGCCAAGACCAAGAAUGGCAGGACCUUUUUGUCAGCCCAGACCUGGAAUGCCUGAACCAAGAGGACCUAGACCUGCCAUUUCUAAUCAACCAAGACCAAGAAUGCCUGGAUCUCAAAGACCCCCAGAGCCUGCUGCAUUUUCUGGGUUUAUGUCAAUGUUUUCUGGCCCAAGUGCUCCUAGCAAGCCAGCGACUUCUAGUUUCUUCUCAGUGCCACAGACCUCUUUCUUCAAGUCAUCACCACCUUCUGAACCAGCACAACCACAACAGCAGAAGAGCUCAUUUUUUAAUCUUCCAACCAGCCUGCCAACGGACUCCCUCACAGAUGAUCUGUUCGGAUUGUUUAAAGGUACAGAAGCAGCAAAAUCAGAUGAAACCAAGCUGUCAGAGAAAGGUCAUGAUGGAACACAAGACUCUAAAGAGCAAAUGAGCCUCACUGCUAGUAAGUCAAGUGCAGUCUCUGAACCUGAGUCAACUGUGGCAAGCACUGAAUUAGUAAAUAAAGAACAACUGAAGCAAGGUGAUUCAGAAUCAUUAAAGCUUGUUGAAGAGCAAGAGGUCAAAUCUCCAGAUGAAACAAAAUAUGAAAGCAAGGAAAUCACUGAGACGUCUGAAACUAUUCACACACAGACAUCUGAAUCGGGAUUACCCUCAAAGGUACCACCAGGAGACAAAGAAACCCCACCAUCAACACCCAAAGCAGUAGUUGAAGAUAAACUACCAACCUCACCACCUUUGAAAGGUAUCUUUGCUUUACCUGGUUUGUCAACAUCCUCUCUCGGUGGUUUGAUGUCUGGUGCAGCAGAGACAGCCAAACCUUUCAGCUCUUUUUUUGGCUCUUCCACUCCUGCCCCUUCAGUCAGCACCAACCCUUCACGGCCACAAGCAGAGAGCAGUGGUCUGCUUUCCGGUUUUAAAGGUUUGUCUGCGGGUCUCUUCCAAGAAGAGAAGUCGACUUCUGCAACGGAAGAGACAAUGUCUUCAAUGUUUGGAAGGAAAAUUGGCUUCCCAUGGCAAAGUUCACCCCCUCAGACCCCUCCUGCCAACCAGUCUAAACACCCAGACUUGAAUCCUGAAGAAAAUGAUGAACCAGAGGCUGAUAAAUUGUCACCUGAAUCAGAGGUCACAGGAAGUGCAGAUUCCAGUGAUGCAGAAGGACCAAGUGACAACUCUUCACAUAAGCAGCCAAACUUUGACACAAGACCAGAGAGUCCGACAGCAUUUAAACAAGGGGCUUCCUGUCUGGAAGUAGAACAUGUGGACAAAUCCCAAAUUUCCCAAGAUUGCAUAGACAAGAACAAGGACCCUCCUGAUACAGAUUCCAGUGCAGAAAAGCCAUCAGAGAGCCUUCAACAGCAAACCUUUGAUAAAAGCCCGGUGGACAGUUCUCGAUUAGGGUCUUCUGGAAACCUUAGCCAAGCAAGUUCCCAGUUCAGCUCUGAGCCAGAAGAACAAAGCUAUUCAGAUGCUCAGAUCAGGCCUUCUGUUGUUGCUCAGCCUCUUCCAGCCUCAGAUGACACCGAAAAAGGGGAAAGAGAGAUAUUAGCAAAUGUGGAGAAAGAAGUACAGGGAGGGAGUGUGCCCAAGCCUGUUGCUAAUCAAGGGAGAAAGCCAGAGAGGCAGCACAGUUUCUUUGAGGAUGGACCACCUCCUUUCUCUCCUUCCCGCCUGCGCUGGUUGAAGGCCAUCAAUAAAGUCAGAGUGAAGCUGCAUGAGAAUAUCAAUGGAGACCAUAACAAACAUCCAUGGGCCAAACCUGGGGGAGGAGGAAUAUUUGGCAUUGAUAGCAUGCCUGACCUUAGGAAGAAGAAGUCUAUCCCCUUGGUUAGCGAAGUGGCCAUGUCUCUUGUGCAGUCCAGGAAAGCAGGGAUCUCUCAUGCAUUAGCUGCACGCUCUUCACUGAAGGACGAAGAACUGAAGAAUCACGUGUACAAGAAGACCCUCCAGGCUCUGAUUUAUCCUAUUUCUUGCACGACACCCCAUAACUUUGAAGUGUGGACGGCCACCACGCCUACCUACUGCUACGAGUGUGAGGGUUUGUUGUGGGGCAUCGCGCGGCAGGGCAUGCGCUGCUCAGAGUGUGGAGUAAAAUGCCACGAAAAAUGCCAGGAGCUUCUCAACGCAGACUGUUUACAGAGAGCUGCUGAGAAGAGCUCCAAAACAGGAGCAGAGGACAGAACCCAGCAUAUCAUAUCGGCCAUGAAGGACCGCAUGAAGAUCCGAGAGAGGAACAAGCCUGAAAUCUUUGAAAUUAUAAGGCUUGUGUUCAAUGUGACUAAACUAAACCAUGCUCAGCAGAUGAAGGCCAUCAAACAGACUGUGCUUGACGGAACAUCAAAGUGGUCUGCCAAAAUCUCCAUCACGGUGGUGAGCGCUCAGGGCCUGCAGGCUAAAGACAGAACUGGUUCCAGUGAUCCGUAUGUGACCGUUCAGGUUGGCAAGACUAAGAAGAGAACCAAAACCAUCUACGGUAACCUUAACCCUGUGUGGGAGGAGACGUUCAACUUUGAGUGCCACAAUUCAUCUGACCGCAUUAAACUGCGUGUGUGGGAUGAAGAUGACGAUAUAAAGUCUCGUGUGAAGCAGCGUCUGAAGAGGGAAUCUGAUGACUUUUUGGGUCAGAGCAUUAUUGAGGUCCGAACCCUCAGCGGAGAGAUGGAUGUCUGGUACAACCUUGAAAAACGCACAGACAAGUCAGCGGUAUCAGGGGCCAUCAGACUGCUGAUAAGUGUGGAAAUUAAAGGGGAAGAGAAGGUGGCCCCUUAUCAUGUUCAGUACACAUGUUUGCACGAGAAUUUUUUUCACUUUGUGACAGACAGUGAAGGACAAGGUGUGGUGAAGUUGCCCACGGCACGAGGAGAUGAUGCCUGGAAGGUCUACUUUGAUGAGGUUGCUCAGGAUAUUGUAGACGAAUUUGCUAUGCGCUACGGAAUAGAAUCCAUCUAUCAGGCCAUGACGCAUUUUGCAUGUCUUUCCCAUAAAUACAUGCUGCCUGGUGUUCCUGCGGUAAUGAGCACACUCCUGGCCAACAUCAACGCAUUCUACGCUCAUCCCACCUCAGUCACCAACGUCUCCGCCUGUGACCGCUUCACUGCCUCCAACUUUAGGAAAGAUCGCUUUGUUAGGCUGCUGGAUCAGCUCCAUAACUCUCUCCGAAUUGACCUGUCAACAUACAGAAAUAAUUUCCCAGCCAGCAGUAAACCACGUCUAGCAGAUCUCAAAUCCACAGUGGAUUUGCUGACCAGCAUUACAUUCUUCAGACUAAAGGUUCUGGAACUGCAGUCUCCCCCGCGUGCCGCCCAUGUGGUUAGGGACUGUGUGAAAGCGUGCCUCAACUCCACAUAUGAGUACAUCUUUAACAACUGCCAAGAGCUGUACAACAGACAGUUCCAGCCGGCCGCGGAGCCUAAACCACAAGAAAAGAAAGAGGGAGAAGAGGGUGAAGAAGAGGAAGGCAAGAAGGAGGAGGAGAAUGCUGCUGUAGAGGAACCAGGACCAAGCAUACAGAAUUUGGACUUCUGGCCCAAACUCAUCACCUUAAUAGUUUCCAUCAUAGAGGAGGACAGGAACUCCUACAGCUCAAUCAUAAAUCAGUUUCCUCAGGAGCUGAAUGUGGGGAAUGUCAGUGCUGAGGUCAUGUGGACACUCUUUGCUCAGGACAUGAAGUAUGCACUGGAAGUUCUUAAUCAUAUCGUCUACAAACAUUGGAAGAAUGCACCUUCCACAUUCCAUAUUCGCAGACUUGAUUUUUAUGCUGAGCAUGAGAAGCUGAGGUUGUGUAAAAGUGCGGACUACAUGAAUCUGCAUUUCAAAGUCAAAUGGCUCUACAACGAAUACGUCCAUGACCUGCCCGCCUUCUCCGACACCGUCCCAGAGUACCCAUCGUGGUUUCUGCCAUUUGUUCUCCAGUGGCUGGCUGAGAAUGAGGAAGUGUCGAUGGAGUUUAUGCAUGGAGCCCUUGAGAGGGAUAAAAGAGAGGGGUUCCAGCAGACAUCUGAGCAUGCUCUGUUCUCCUGUUCGGUCGUGGACAUCUUCACUCAGCUCAACCAAAGCUUUGAAAUCAUUAAGAAACUAGACUGUCCUGAUCCUGCAGUGGUUGCCCAGUACAAUCGACGAUUUGCCAAGACUAUCACCAAAGUGCUCCUGCAGUAUUGUGCUAUUCUAACCAAGAGUUUCCCCUCUUACUGUGAGAAAGAAAAGACGCCCUGUGUGUUGAUGAACAACGUUCAACAGAUGCGUGUGAUGUUGGAGAAGAUGUUUGAGUCAAUGGGAGCCAAACAGUGUACUGUUGAGGAAGAGCGGCUGGAGAAUGAGGAGGAGCCUGAGGAUGAUGAGGAGGAGGCCAUCACUGAUGAUGAAGGCAAUGAGUCGGAUGAAUCAGAUGCUAAGUCUGGCAUUUCAGAUUCAGAAGGAUCAGAGAUUGACAACAAAGAAAAGGAGAAUAAGCUUGACAGGCAGAAGUCUGUUGCUAAGAAAGAAAAGGGGGAAAAGAAGGACAAAGAGAAGGAGGAUGAGAACACGACCACAGAGCUCGACUCGGAGGCUGCAGAUAUCCUCAGUGACCUGCAAGGGAAGCUUAAUUCUGUUCUGGAUAACCUGAGUGGCAUGUUUGCCAAAAGUUUCCAGGCUCGUAUGAAUGCAUGUGUGCGUCAGAUGGCGGAGAUCCUGUAUCAGAUUAAAGGACCUCUGAAUCAGAACACUUGUAACACAGCGGAGGCUGAUGCAGACAACGUACUGCGGCCACUUAUGGAGUUCCUCGACACAAACCUCAGCAUCUUUGCGGACAUAUGUGACAAGACUGUGUUGAAGCGUGUGCUAAAGGACCUCUGGAGGACUGUUCUGAUCUGCAUGGAGAAAACGAUUGUGUUACCUCAGAGCAGCGACAGUAUAGGAGCUCAACUUCUUACUGCUGCUAAGGAACUGUCUAAACUAAAGGGAGGGGUGGAGCCAAAGAGCUUGUCACCAAGGCAAUGUGUGAUCUUGGAGGCAGCACUGGAUUCAAUCAAGAUCUUCUUCCAUGCUGGUGGAAACGGUUUAAAGAAAGUGUACCUGGAGAAGAGCCCUGAGCUGUCGUCGCUGCGUUAUGCUCUCUCCCUAUAUACACAGACCACAGAUGCUCUUAUCAAGGCGUUUGUGACAACACAGCAUGCUCAGGUUCAAAAUGGUAUGGGCAUCAGGAUCACCCCCAAGGAGAAUGUUCGACCCGACAGAGGCUCUGGGGUCCAGCGGCCGAUUGGGGAAGUGGUGAUUCAGCUGGAUUUGUCGCCCCCAGCUGGAAACACUGAGCAGAAACUCGGCGUCCGAGUGAUUGCAGUAAAUGACAUGAAAUGGCAGACCUCGGGGAUGUUUCGUCCAUUUGUGGAUGUUAACCUGGUCGGCCCACAGCUUACAGAGAAGAAACGAAAAUUCACAACCAAAUCGAAAAACAACAGCUAG